AUGGCUCCUCGUAGGGUUGCUGCUGAUGAACCUUGGAUAUGCAAGUCGUGUGUCCACUCAGUCACUGGCAAGCCGUGGUUCAAUGCGGGAGGGACGUUGUACUGCAAGCAGUGUCAACUCCACAAGUCGGUGGUGUUCAAAGAGUACAAGCGAGGCAAAACCCCCAGCGUCCAUGCUGCGGGAACCAAGGGCCCUAGCUCAGUCGACAAAGGCCUCGCGGCUCGUUGUGCACAGCUCGAAGAACAAAUCAAGCGGGUCACCUCGGAGAAGGCUGAGCCCACGCCACCGCCACCAUGGGCGCAAUCACAGCCUGAUGGUGCAGAAGACAAGCGCAAGCGCAUCAAGGAACUGGACGGCAUCAUCCGCAUGCUCUCGCCUGACAAGGACGCGACGGUGCUGGCCAAUUUCAAGAAGGAGAAGGAGACCUUGGAUCGGGAGUUGUUCGACGGGCGCCCGAUCGAGGACCAAGCUCGGUCGUUGGCGGCCAAGCUCCAGCAUGCGAGGUCCCAGGAGUCCAGCGUGCGCAAGUCGGUCGAAGAGCAGAGGGCCAAGAUCCAGGAGCUGCAGGGGCACUUGGACAAGGCUGAGGCAAAGCUCGUGGAGGCCUCCGCCGAGGUGGUCAGGCUCGAAGAGGAGACGCGCAAGGCCAUGUCCCAGGCGCGCCCGCCCGAGCAGCAGCGGCCGCCCACGCUCCACGAGAUGCUCCCUGGGUUCGCCGUGUCGGUGGAGCAGCUGGGGCGCGUCGCUAGCACUCUGGGCCUGGGGCCUGACCUUACGGCUGGGCUGCAAGCGAUGGCGGAGACGGUCACCAAGUUGCAGCAGGCGCCGCAGGCAAAGCCACCUCCGCCUCAGACUGCAGAACCACCCGCACAAGAGCCUGAUCAAGCCGAACCUCCCGACAUUGAGAUGGAAGAGGCAGACAUGCGGGCGACGCUCAACGCGGCAGGAAUCCCCACGGAUGAAAGUGUCUCUGCCGAGGCGGCCACGGAAAGGUUCAAGCGGUUUCAGACGACGUACAUCGAGCGGGGUAUCAGCUUCAUCUACAACUUCUCCGAGGGCUACGACGUCGGCGGCGUGUGCUACACCGUGGGCAAGCGUGGAACCCCGUGCAUCGCGUACCUCGCAGAGUGCGGCUUCUGCUUCACAGAUGGGGUGUGCUUCUACGGCGUUCUCGGCUCCAGGAGGUACGCACUGCUCACCGUCCGUCGUCGGCGGGCAAGCAGCAUUGAGGACAACUGA